AUGCCAUUCAAUAUAUUUUCAGUGGCUGCCAAUGCCUCCUUUACAACUAUUUCGACAGGCAUAACUCACUAUCUGGGUAAAAAGCCCGUCAAGACCGAGCCAGCAGCUCACUUCUCCUAUCAUUCGGGCCUCAAGGUUAUCCGUCAGUUCCUCGAACACGCGGCGCGCCAUACGGUUGAAGAACUGCAGGCUUUUACAGGCCAAAAAGUCCCGCCAUCCUACUGGGUCGCAACGGGGAGUGUUAUCAUUCCCACAAGGUAUUUGGAGUCGGCAUCGCAUUUAUUAGUUGCGCAGCUGGGUCUGGAAGGCAUAUCCCUGGUUGGGGGGAGUAAGUGGUGGCAAUGGAGAGACACUGAGGCUGCUCUGGUUGCAGAAUGGCUUGAAACCAAGAGAGAUUAUAACGACCGACGAGCGCGGAACGCCAAAUCGAAUCGUAUUAUUCUCUACGUACAUGGUGGUGCUUAUUUCUUUGGCAGCGUGGAUACCCACAGGUAUCAAUUACAGAGGCAUGCUAGGAAAUUGAAGGCUCGAGUUUUUGCUCGUAAGUAUUUUAUUACUUUACUGAAAAGGUCUUUUUCAGCUCAUGUUAUUAAUGAUAUAAAAACCAGCCCGCUUUCGAUUAGCUCCACAGUUCCCAUUUCCAUGAUGCUGGUUACCCUCCGAGAUCAAAACGUUCCAUUGCCUGCUGGAGCUGUUCUUAUAUCCCCGUGGGUUGAUUUGACGCACUCUUUUCCAAGUGUCUCCGGUACUGGAGUGGAUGAUUAUAUCCCUAUUUGCGGUUUUAUGCACCGGCCAUCGAAAGUAUGGCCGCCGCCAAACUUAGAAGAAUAUGGGAUAGAGUCAACAACUGGUGAAAAGAUCCUCAACAAGAUAAAUUCACCGCCUGUUAUGGAAAAAAAUUCUAGCCUGGAUACCAAAACAAUUGAAGAUUAUUACACUCACCAGGCCCGUGCUGCAGUCGAAUCGACUCACGUUGACGAAUAUUCAACGUCCCAGCUUCCUGGCUCAAGUGGUCACCGCCGCACCGCACAAAUGAUUGAUGAGAAUCUCAGAGUUGACAUUGAUGGCGCAACUGUCGAAAUAAAGGACCAAAUACACCUAUAUACUACCAAUAAACUGAUAUCACAUCCACUGGUGUCUCCUGUCCUGCAGCCGUCGUUAGGAGGCCUACCACCACUCCUCAUCAUUUCUGGUGGGGGAGAACUCCUUCGUGAUGAGCAGAUUUAUCUUGCACAUAAAGCGGCCAAUCCAACAGCAUAUCCUCCAAGUGACGAGUAUCUUGACAGGUAUGAUCCGGACCGUGAAAUUCUAUCACGUUAUAAACCUACGUAUGUCCAACUCCAGGUCUGGAACAACCUUUGCCACGUUGCACCAACUCUCAGCUUUACACGGCCAGCAAAAUAUAUAUAUAGAGCUGUUGCCCAGUUUUCUGCCUGGGCACUGUCGAGGGCACAGGAGUCGAGUAUCGAUAUACCGGAAUCUUCCCCGGCAUCAUCAGGCGAGUUGCUCCUAGGGGUUGGUGAAGAGGGGCGGUUAAAGAAGCAGAGAUCAGAAGCAGCGCAAUUCUCAACAAUCGGAAAGGCUGGUGAUUCAAUUCCUCCAUUCAAGAACCACAUGAUUCGCCAGCUUGUUGAUUCUGAAGGCAAUCUAUUCCCACUUCCCGAUGAGCACGAGCUCUCGGCUCUUCAAGUCCCACGCAACCAUAUUGGGGUACCAAAACCCACGCCAGUUCGCCGGUGGCUUGCAGCUAAAGGAGAAUGGGACACUAAAUUUGCCAAAGAGAAAGACAGGCUGCAAAAUGAACGACUAACACAUAUUCCACUUGGUAUUGAUGAUAUAGCACCUGGAGAUUGCCCGCCACCUAGCUCCCUGGCUGCGCAACGGGGGGUUACCGUGAGCAAAGUAAGGCAACCAGCCCAGAAAAGUAUUCUACUUUCUCUGUGGAACAAACUUGGGGCUAUUCACGACGUCAAAGCUGUGCAAAAGGAAAAGAAAGAACACGUUGAGGAGAAGUUUCCUACUUUAUGGCGUGGAGGUGUCAAUAGCGAACAGGAAGAUACAGUCAACAUAACACGUCCAAGUGGGCAAAGCAACGCUAAAGUUGUUACUGAUAUUGGCCAAUCUAACGAGUCUCAACGUGAUUUUACCAUAAGGUCCGGCAAAACAACCCCAGAUGCAUCUGUACCACAGAUUUGGAGAUCCCAUAGUAGCGAAGAGUUUGAAAGGACACGUUCUACACCCCGUCGCACCAGUGGCUCUUCCCAGCUGGCUGACAAUAAUGAAGGCCAUAGUGAAGAUAAUAGGCCUGCUACCGAGCCACCGCUAGAUGAAGCAAGUAUACGAACAGUCCGGCACUCGAAGGGAGUCAUUAGCCCUUCUCCAGUCUUAUCUGACAUCAUGGCCAGCUAUAACCAGUCACUUGAAUCUACUUCACUACCCGGACCAUACGACUUUGAGUACAUAUCAACAGUUAACAAGGCCGGCCCAAACACAAAACCAAUGCCGCGGGAGGAAACUAUCCUUAAAGACACAAAUGAGGCUACCCAGCCUCUAGCCGGUAGUAGUGGAAAGCGCAUGAACCUAAUGAGGUUUGAUUUUGAGUCUGCGACGCGCAGCAAUUUGCAUUUAGAACCAGAACCAUUUCCUACUUUGUCGCCCGGGGCUAAUAUCGAUGCUUUGGAUAACCAAAGCGGGUAUUCCAGCCAUUACAGCCAGCAAUCAUCCAGAUAA